AUGAAAGUAUGUUUUGAUACAAAUGAUUAUGAUAGCAUGGACUUCUCUCCAAGUAACCAUGAUGAAGCUGUACAUAAAAAGCCUAAGUCUACUUCAGAAGUUGUUGAUUACAGUGAUCCAUUUGCCAUACCAGACUUGCUGGAGAGGAUAGACUGUGGCAAAUAUGGAAGUGUUACAAAGGACAUAGAGGCAAUUCUUGCUCGAAAGAGGCAAACUCUGAGCCCUUAUUUUGAAAAAUAUCCUGCACUGUCAAAUCUAUCCUUGGACGAGAAAAGGCAGAGUAAAAGGGCUCCUAAAUCUGCAAAUCAACAGGCUAGUCCGUUGGCCCAAAAUAAUGUCAUUGAUUUGGAGGAUGACUCUGUUGAAAAUAAUGCUCCAGCAGCAUUAUUGCCUGUUGUAAUUAUUGAUUCAGAUGAGGAACAAAGUGAACAUCCAAGACCUCCUUAUCCUUUCAAAGAGGUUGUCUUGCCAGAACCAUCCUAUUCUUUCCAGGAGGUUUUCUUGGGACAACCAUCUGAACAGUUAGUGGUAAGGGACUUUGUUGAGAACAAAGUUCCAGGAGAGACCGAAAUUAAGAAUGACCCCGGAGUUUAUGUUGGUGUAGAAGAUGAUGACAAUCACCAGACUGAUACUGAAGAAGAUGAUGGGUUGGGAGAUAUUUGGAAUGAAAUGUCAAUGGCAUUAGAAUCUAACAAGUUGGUGCAGAUUGUGCCAGCUCUCUUUGCUUUGACGGAGCUCAAAGAUGUUGUUGUGGACCCUUCAUCUGAAGGGAUGAGUGACGGCGGGGAGGACUGUGACUGUGAUCAUUCUUUUGUCUUAAAGGAUGAUCUUGGAUAUGUUUGCCGCAUUUGUGGGGUUAUUGACAGAGGAAUUGAGACCAUAUUUGAGUUUCAGUUUAACAAGGUCAAAAGGAGUACAAGAACUUACAUGCCUGAUUCUCGGAAUGCCAAAGACAGAGAGGCAGCUGAGAUAAGUGGAGUUAAAUUGUCAGAGGAUGGUUUGAUAAUAACUGAAAUCUCUGCCCACCCAAGACAUAUGAAGCAAAUGAAACCUCAUCAAGUGGAGGGUUUCAAUUUUCUUGUUAGUAACUUGGUGGGUGAUAAUCCUGGGGGUUGCAUCUUGGCCCAUGCUCCAGGUUCUGGUAAAACAUUUAUGAUAAUUAGUUUCAUGCAAAGUUUUCUAGCCAAGUAUCCAAAUGCUAGACCGCUUAUUGUGCUUCCUAAAGGAAUCUUGGAUACAUGGAAAAAGGAGUUUAAAAUUUGGCAAGUAGAGGAUAUUCCAUUAUAUGAUUUCUAUGAAUCCAAAGCAGACAAUCGAUCACAGCAGCUGGAGGUGUUGAAACAGUGGGUGGAGCAGAAAAGUAUCCUUUUCUUAGGGUACAAGCAGUUCUCCUCUAUUGUUUGCGAUCGAGAAACUAGCAAGAUAUCAGCUAUGUGCCAGGAGAUAUUGCUAAAGGCACCUUCAAUUCUGAUUCUGGAUGAGGGGCACACUCCAAGAAAUGAUAACACUGAUGUGUUCCAAUCCCUCACCAAAUUACAGACACCUAGGAAAGUUGUCAGAAACUUCACGACCCAUCAUUAA